AGAACUCAGUGAAAGAAAUCUUGUUGGUUUGAGCUGAUUUACGGGCUGAAUCACCCAUAUGGAGACCAGAAGAGCUCCGUGCGGAGGCAGAGCAGGACAGCAGUGCUGCCCUUGGAGCAGCCGGGCAGCAUCCACCAGGUUCCCAGCAUGGGGGUUUGCGGCUGCAGUCCUUGUGGCUUUUGCUAGCGUUUACUUUUUGCCAUCUCCUAUUGAUCCAGAACCGUUCAUUUUUGAAAAGCCACCUCCUGCCUUAGUUGGACCAUUGCAAGUGAAUAAAAAGCUUCAGAGUGGACAAAGAAUCUUCACAGGACAACUGAAAGGUCCCGAGUCUUUUACUGUUGAUGGUGAAGGUAAUAUCUACACUGGUACAGUGGAUGGGAAAUUGUGGAUGAUCAGUGGUGACCGGCUGCAUUUCAUUACCCAGAUGGGGCAAGAUGUACCUGGAUGUGGAACUCCAGACUACGAACCAAUAUGUGGCCGGCCCCAUGGAGUCCGAAUGGAUCAGGAUGGUAAUCUGAUUGUGGUGGAUUCUUAUUUAGGCCUUUACAAAGUCGAUCCAAGGACAGGAGAGAAAACCCUCCUGCUAUCAAGUGCAAAAGGUGUGGAUGGGCUGCCUUUCAAAUUCCUAAAUGGAUUAGAAAUAUCAAAGAAAAGAAUGUUUUAUUUUACGGAUUCAAGUAGCAAAUGGGGAAGACGACAUCACAAAUAUGAGGUAAUUGAAACAAACCAUCUUGGUCGCCUGUUGGCCUACAACCCUAUAACAAGAACAGGAAGAACAGUGCUCAGUGGCUUGUACAUGGCAAAUGGGAUUGCGCUCUCUCCCUAUGAAGAUUACAUAUUAAUAGCAGAAACCAGCAUAUGUAGAAUCAUACGCUAUUGGGUCAGCGGUGCAAAUGCAGGAAAAAAAGAAGUUUUUGUGGACAACCUGCCUGGGUAUCCAGACAACAUCAGAUUAUCAAACACAGGCUUGUACAGAGUUGGAAUAUCUACUGCUCGCCUGCCCGGUUUCUUUCCUCCUUUUUUGGAUGCUUUAGGACCGUAUCCAUUCCUGAAGAGAUUUAUUGCCAAGGUCAUUCCUUUAUCAUUCUACAGCAUUUUUCUUCACAAGCAUGGCUUAUUCUUAGAAAUAAAUGACAAAGGAGACAUCGUGGCAAGCUUCCAUGACCCUGAUGGCAGCGUCACUUGGGCUGUCAGCGAUGUCUUUGAGCAUGAUGGGAAGAUGUAUCUAGGCAAUACAGAGCUGCCUUUUCUUGUAGUGCUACAGUAGAAAGUUAUUGUCUUUAUAAACUGAAGCCUUGAUAAAUAGCAGCAUCCUUCCAAGCAGCUGUUAAAUAUAUUUUUUUACUUAAUGGAAGACUGCUACAUCACUCAAGGAGAAAUGAAAACUGAUACCACGUCGUUAAGCAGAAAUGAAAAUGCAAUGCAGAAAUACUUGUUUUAGAAGCUUGUGAAAGCAUCAGACUUAAAUAGGUUAAAGGUACCAAAUCACUUGGCUCUACAGUUCAGAAUAGUUAUGGAUAUAUUUUUAAGCAGUUGCACAGAACCAUCCAAGGAAUUAAAGUCUUUAACAGGGAUUGAGGUGAGUAGCAUGAAUCUUCCUGUUGCUCACAGUUUCCAUUUUGGAAAAAGCCUUGUGUUGGAUUUUAUUCUUCCUUUUUCCCAGAGGCAAAACAUACUGCUCUUAAUUAUGCACAGCAGUCUCUCCAUUGUCUCUUUUGUUAGUUUCCCCAUCUAUGGGAAAUAUGAACAAGCACAGCUUGCACUUGAAUGUGUUCUCUCACCUCUGUGUUUUAAUCCCUGCUGUAGUCAUACUUUAUCUUACUAAUGCUGUACAAAAGGUCCCCUGUCACCACAGAAAA